GGAAGGAAGGUGGAUGUGUUUAACAGUUUAAAUUUAUCUUUCUCUUACAGAAUCUGUCUUUAUUCUCAGACUCUUCUGUGUUGUAGGUAGACGUGUCUGUGAUGUUACUGAGUUUCAUCUUGUGCACAUUAUUUAUCUGUGGACGUUUUUCUUGUUUGAAGUCACAGACGAGAGCAGCAGCUACUAUGAGUGUAACUGCAGCAGCCAGUGGAUUUGUUGUCCUUCUUCUCACUGUGACAGUGGUACAGUGUGAGAAUGGCUAGGAUGUGAGUUACACUUCUACUGAGAUCUGUGCCGUCAGAGGAUCAACAGUGGACAUUAACUGUACCUACACAUACCCAUCCACAGUUAAUAACCAUGAUAUACUACAGUUCAGGAAACUUUCUGGUUCAUUAAAGAGAGUAAUGGGAUUCACGUUGAUCUAAGGACUGAUCCGGAGUAUUCAGGUCGUGUGGAGAAUCUCUGUGGAAACAACACGUGCACUCUGAGAAUCUCUAACCUGAGAGAGAGCGACUCAGCUGUGUACAAGUUCAGGUUCACAACAAACCAACCUACUGGGAGUUUAACUGGUUCAGCUGGAGUCACUCUGUCUGUCACAGAUUUGCAUGUGCAGGUGAGCAGAUCAGGGAUGCAGGCCUCUAAUUACUGGGCAGAGUUCAGGUGUCAGAGCAGUUGUCGUCUUCCUGAUCAUCUGAACUACGUCUGGUACAAGAAUCAACAGAAGAGGAAUGAAGGAGAAUCUUAUUCAGGUUUUUUUCUUCGUACAGACAGAGUUUCCUGUGCUGUUAAAGGACUCGAGGAUUUCCGCUCUCCGUCAAUGUUGGUGAGGAGUCAGAAUGGCUGGGAUGUGAGUUACACUUCUACUGAGAUCUGUGCCUUCAGAGGAUCAACAGUGGACAUUAACUGUACCUACACAUACCCAUCCAGGUUGAAUCACCUUGAUACUACAGUUCAGGAAACUUUCUGGUUCAUUAAAGAGAGUAAUGGGAUUCACGUUGAUCUAAGGACUGAUCCAGAGUAUUCAGGUCGUGUGGAGAAUCUCUGUGGAAACAACAAGUGCACUCUGAGAAUCUCUAACCUGAGAGAGAGCGACUCAGCUGUGUACAAGUUCAGGUUCACAACAAACCAACCUACUGGGAGUUUAACUGGUUCAGCUGGAGUCACUCUGUCUGUCACAGACCCUCAGCUCCAGGUACAUGUGAGGAGAUCAACAGCCAAUCCAUCUUCUACCUGGACAGAGCUGACCUGUCACAGCAGGUGUCAGCUCCCUGAUCAUCUUUCCUACGUUUGGUACAAUAACAAUAAACCUGUUGGACGAAAAAAAUACUUUCACCUCCGACACUUUAAUCCUGAAGACAGCUAUCACUGUGCUAUAGAAGGACAGGAGCGUUUCCCUUCUCCUACAGUGUACGCUCCAAAGCCUCCCUCUGUGUCAGUGAGUCCCUCUGGUGAGAUCAUGGAGGGCAGCUCAGUGACUCUGAACUGCAGCAGUGAUGCUAACCCAGCAGCUAAAGACACCUGGUACAAGAGAAGAGGAGAUAAACAAGUUCAACGUCUCAGUGAAGAGACACAAUUUGUCCUCAGCUCCAUCAGGUCGUCAGACUCUGGAGAGUAUUACUGCACAGCUGAGAAUGAGCUGGGAAGGAGUUCAGCAAACAUCUCUAUUACUGUGACAUACGCUCCAAAGCCUCCCUCUGUGUCAGUGAGUCCCUCUGGUGAGAUCAUGGAGGGCAGCUCAGUGACUCUGACCUGCAGCAGUGAUGCUAACCCAGCAGCUAACUACACCUGGUACAAGGAGAACCGAGCUCUGCUUCAAGGACCAGAGGGUGUUUAUCGUCUCUCCUCCAUCAGCUCUGGGGACAGCGGGGUCUACUCCUGCAAGUCUGAGAAUCAGUACGGACGGAUCAACUCCACGUCUCUACACUUAGACGUCCAGUACGCUCCAAAGCCCCCCUCUGUGUCAGUGAGUCCCUCUGGUGAGAUCAUGGAGGGCAGCUCAGUGACUCUGACCUGCAGCAGUGAUGCUAACCCAGCAGCUAACUACACCUGGUACAAGGAGGACGAGGACUCACCAACAGCAUCAGGACAAAUCUUCACCAUCACUGAUAUCACAGCUGAACAUGGUGGAAAGUAUCAGUGUGAGGCCCAGAACACACACGGACGUAGUAAGGCCACCUUACAUCUGACUGUUGGAGCAGGGAAGUCAGUGAUAAUCAUGAAUAUCAUCAGGCUGACUCUGGUGGUCGUGCUGGUUCCAGUGCUGGUCUGGACUCUGUGGACGAGGAUGAAGAAAACUCUGAGCUUGAAAUCAGAAGUGAAUGAAGCUGUGGAGAUGAUAGAGUCACACAACUGUCCUGAGUAUGAGAACGUCGCUGCUGCAGCACAGACAGAAGACACAGAGGAGCAGGAAGACCUGGUGUGAAGCAUCAGGUCAGAGCCACUGUGACAAACACAACCAAGAUGGACGACUUCAGAGAACAUCCGUACAAGCGAGUUUUACAGAAACCAUAAUGUGUAGUUAUUAAAUACAGGAAAUCUGUCGAAGCAACAAAAUAUCUGAGUGUAAGCGUAGAGUUUGAGCACAAGCAGAGCAAAUCUAAGUACCAGCAGGAGCUGUGUGAGUGCAAGCGCAGGGUGUUGAGUAGAAACACCAAGAAAUAUGAACGUGCAAGUCCAGCUCUCAAACUAAAAGACCACACUUUUGAAUUCAGAGAAAAACACCCAUACAUUUCCUUUCUACUCAGGUGCAUUGUGAUUGGUUGAAAGUAUGUUGAAGGCGACAGGAGGUAUCUCUCUUUCCAUCCCCGAGUUGCAGAAUCAGCAGUUUGUGCAGCAUGACCGUUAGAGCAAGAGUAUUGUUGUGUUGUUUAUUUUCUUUUUCUUUGUGAUGGGUCCAGUUGUCCAGUUUCCGCAGCUUUAUUUCUGUGAGCUUUAGUUCUGAUGUGGGUUUAGGUGUUGUGCAAUAGUAGUAGUAGAUUUGACGUUGGCUAAUUAUUAAUAAUCAUGAGAAAUGAUUAUUAAAGUAGAAAUUAUUUGUUAAAAAUAAUUAAAAAUUAUAAAGCUAGUAAUUAAGAAUAGUAAAAUAAUUAAUUAGAAAUGAUACGGUUAUCAAUUAAUAAUGGUUAAAUAAUUAAUGAAAACAAUAAAAUUAUCAAUUAAGAAUGAAACAAUCUGUAAUUAAUGCUUAUCGUAGCGGGGCACCACCCUGGUUACAGGGACCAACGAGUCAAACUAUAGUUAUCAGUCUCAAGUGAUAAAAGUUAAAUUAAUAAUCUCAAUAUUUAAUAUUAAUGAUUAUAUAAUAAACAAUGAAGGGUUUUAAGUUCGAGCACAGGCUAUAGUAAUCCAGCUGUAUUCACAUACACAUGUACAAAUAAUCACAGAAAUACAAAUACUUUAAUUACAAAAGUAUUUAUUAAAAAGGGGAAAUAAAGUUAAUGUUAUUUCAAUGAUUCUUCAUUUAACAAAACCAAUAUUUCAAAGAUGGCAACAGCAGCAGCAGCACUUAUCACAAUGGUCACACAGGUAAUACUGGGUAUCUACUGGUGUGUGUGUGCGUGGUCGUGUGUGUCUGCCUGUCUGUGUCUCUAUGUGUGUGUGUGGGUGUGUGUGUCUAAAGAGAAAGGGGAGUGGCUAUGGCGUAAUGACGAGAUCACGUGGUGACGAAGUCUGGCCAGGAUCAGCAUGUUACGUUCACGUACUUUCAAGAUGGAGGUUUAUGAAUGAAGCCACGUUGCGAAAAGCAAAAUGGCUGCCGGUCACUGAACUUAACAAAGGGGAAUGGCGUCGAGAUGUAUCAAGGCUCCUUAAAUCUAGAAUUUUCUAUGCCACAUGAAAUAUGUAAGUGUAGGUCGGGACGUGUGUAAAAACAGGUUUAGGAGAAAAGAGAGAGAGAGGGAGAGAUAGAGAGAUCAGGAAAGCUCUCAAAACAUCGUCAGAGACAAACUUCCGGCGAAGCGGGCAGUCCAGUUACGUGAGAUGUAUCUUUUAACAGAUGUAAAUCUCCGCACAAUAUCUCUGACGGUAACACUUUAAAAAGGGAAGUGCCGGCUUAUUACGCGCGCUUCUCAGAACAUAGUAAACAAAGGAACCGGAUGUGACGUCUCCAGUUCGCCACGCGUUACACGGCUAAAAACAGAUCAGCGAUCUACAAACAAACACUCAAAUAAACAUGACACGCUAAGUAUUUAAACUAGUCUCUGCCCAGACAAUAAAGCCUCUUACUGUGACCUUCGCGGUGUUGCUUGCGCGUGUCGCGCGGAUUUUCGGGAAGUCCAGUGAAUCUCGUGUUGUGUUCCUCGGGGUACAUGCGGUCAGCGAAUCCUCGGAAUUAGGCGAGUGAAGUCCUGGCCUCUUAAGCGGGGCUCCGCUGGGUCUCGUGGUUGCAACGGAGGUCAGCGCUGGGCCGAAUAGAGCGAACUUCUCUUGCUCUUGGAACGGAAUUCGGCCUCGUCUCUUCUGCAGGGAUGAUCAGCUGUGGCGCUGUUGUGGGGAUCGUGAAAAAUAAAGUCUGUGAUCUCGGCCGGCGAGUGGACUUCCUUUGGCGAUCUCCUUCAAGUUAAAAUAACAAAAAGUCCUAUCAAAAUAAAACGUCGACUGGAUAACGAAAUAAAAGAAAAUGGAAUUAAAACAAACGUCUGUAAUUGCUCCCUAAAAUUACCUCUGGAUCAACUAACUGGAAAGGUCAGCUUUAUCUUCAGGGAAUCGGGAAUGGGCCGCGAUUAUUGAUGAGCAGCCCCUCUUAUUAACCUGUGGAGGCCCAGCCUCCUUGAGGUGUGGUUCUGAGAUGAUGCUGGCUUUAAGCCAAUUGAGUGUCAGAGGUCAGAUCAGAGUGGGAACGGCCAGGAGCAGAGCAGUGGUUUCUGGGGAAACCCCAGGGAUGAAGUUACUACCAGAGGAGAUGCUAUCUCCAUGCUUGAUCUUAGCUGGAAACUUUAGAGCUGGUUUCAUCUUGGCUCACAGGCCUUACUUUUACGACUCAUUGUGUGGAUCCCACCACAUGGCCAGUUCAGCAGGGACUCUUGCCCAACAUAGGUUAAAGUAAGAUUCUCAGAUCCUACGACCCUUUGUGGGUUGGUGUGUUGGGUUUUCCUUCUUUUGUCCAUUUUGCCGGCCUGUUGUUGAAGUUGUUGUCUUUUCUGCAAUAAUUAUUAUGAAACCAGCGCUUUCACAAAAAUAAAACCAUCGAAGGCCAGUAGCUGCUUCACUGUAAAAUGUUUUCACAAUGCUAAAAUUUAUGCAAGAAUAUCUAUUCCUUUCUUUUCCUUUUGAGAUUGAAUUCGUGUAUGUGUAAUAUAUCAUAAUGUGCUGUUGGGAAAUGUUUUUUGUGCAACCACAGACGGCCUAUUUUCGGCCUAUAUGUGUUGUCAAAGCCUUAAAACAAGUAUGGCCUUUGUCUUGAGAAAGCCUCCCGAACUCAGUCUCCCAGGGUGCAACAGGUUCCAUUGUUCUGAAAGAAGCCAGAGCACAGGGAACUCACUCUCCCAGGAUUCCUCAACUUAACACAGAGGGGUGAAAAAACCUCAGGGUCAACUCCUAUUGGUCACACUGGCCCCUGACCUGUGAGGUCACCAGGCCAAUAUAAGGAGAGGUUCCCCCCAAAUUCUUCUUCUUUCUCCAAUCCUUCUGAGGGCCAAAGGCUGUCCAGCUCUCUUCUCCUCCUGCAUCGGAGAGAGGGAGAAACCUGAUUUCUCCAGCUCAGCUCUUCUUUUCCCACCCAACGAGAGGAGGUCAGAGGUGCAGUUUCCAACUCAUCUCUUCAAGGAAACCUUUACGCAUCUCAAGCUUCUACAAACUCCUAGCAGCGACUCGAUGUCCUGUGGGUAAGAUUCAACGGCAACUGAACUGCACAGCCACAACAGAAUCGCGAAUGCAGAACCUUACCACACAAAGCCAGGAGAUGUCACAGAACUGCAAACGGCACAGCAACUUUCUCCCUUUCUAAUGACUGGUAACAUACUGGGCUUAAUAAUUAUACUAGACUAAGCCAGACUGUUUAUUUGAUUCUUUGCAGUGUUUAUAAGUUAUAUAUAUGUGGUGAUAUAGUGUUUAUAAGUUAAAUGAAAGUUAAUGUUAGUUACUGUCUAAACAGACUCAUUUAAAUAUGUUCCCGCUACCAGUUGUAAAACCACUUCUGAAGAAAA